AAUGUCGCAUUCGUCUAAAUCGGUUUCUGAGUUAGGGUUUGAUGCACUCUCCGAUCGCCUACGGAAAUCACUCACUAGCGACGGUAACGCCGCCGAUAACACCAAUAAACCAGACUUCCGGGAACUUGAUUUGGGUUCGCCCAUUUCGCCUUUACGGGUCGGACCAGCGGUUAGCAGCAGCUCUAGCUCAUCCGGGUCGGGGUCGGGUUCGGGUGGGAAUGGAAAUGGGUCUCACUUUCUUUCCACCUCUAGAAGGUCAGAUUCCGGCGAGUUAUCGGCUGAUAGUUCUCCGACGUCUUCAAAGUCGACUCACUUCCGAUCCUAUUCCGCCGGAGGAACCGGUGGUCACCCGUUAAUCUACUCCGGCGGAAGCUCUGCAACUUCUCCGACCACCAAUGUGCUUCCGACCGGCAAUAUUUGCCCGUCGGGAAGGGUUCUCAAGACGGGUAUGAUGGCAAGUCGGACCUCAAAGCCCGAUGUGUUAAGUUUAGGCACCGGUAAUUACGGUCACGGCAGCAUAAUGCGGGGAGGUUCCGCCAUCAAGUCCGCCGUGGCCGGCGGUAGAGGAGAAAACCCUGUUUCAGGCAAUUCAAAUCCAUCUGUUUCGAGACGAUCAUCAACGGAUCCAGAGGAUUUGAAGAGAUUGGGGAACGAAGAGUACAAAAAGGGACAUUUUAUAGAAGCAUUGAGUUUCUACGAUCGAGCAAUAUCACUGUCGCCGGAAAAUGCAGCCUACCAUUGUAAUCGUGCAGCUGCAUUGAUGUGUCUCAAGAGAUUGACUGAAGCUGUCAAAGAAUGUGAUGAAGCUAUUAAGUUGGAAUCUGGAUAUGUGAGAGCUCACCAUCGUUUAGGAUCUCUUCUUAUUAGUUUAGGACAGGUUGAGAAUGCAAGGAGACACCUUUGUUUCCCAGGGUACCAACCGGACCCGAAAGAGCUCCAAAAGUUGCAAGAAGUGGAGAAGCACUUAAAUAAGUGUACCGACUGUAGGAGAGUCCGAGACUGGGGUGGUACGCUAAGGGAAAGUGAUGCCGCAAUCUCUUCUGGAGCCGAUUCUUGUCCUCAGCUAUUUGCAUGCAAAGCUGAAGCGCUAUUGAAGCUCCGUCAAUUAGAUGAUGCAGAUUUGAUUCUUUCGAAUGUGCCUAAAUUCAAUGCAUCUAGUUGCCUAUCCUGUUCCCAAUCAAAGUUUUUCGGGAUGCUUUCUGAAGCGUACCUUUUAUUUGUUCGUGCUCAAAUUGACAUGGCAAUGGGACGAUUUGAGAAUGCAGUUACCUCUAUUGAGAAAUCAGUGCAAAUUGAGCCUCGAAAUGUUGAAGUUGCGGUUUUGCUUCAAAACAUACGGUCAUUGUCUAGAGCUCGAGCUCGUGGCAAUGAUCUUUUCAAGUCAGAAAGGUUCACAGAAGCUUGUUCAGCCUAUGGGGAAGGGCUUAGGCUUGAUCCUUCAAAUCCAAUUCUCUACUGCAAUCGAGCAGCUUGUUGGUUUAAGCUCGGCCAGUUGGAAAGAUCUCUUGAUGACUGCAAUCAAGCACUUCUAAUUCAUCCAAAUUAUACAAAAGCACUUCUGCGAAGAGCUGCAACAUAUAGCAAGCUUGAGAGAUGGGCUGAAUCAGUGAGAGAUUAUGAAGUUUUGAGGAGAGAGCUUCCAAACAACAACGAUAUAGCCGAAUCUUUAUUUCAUGCCCAGGUGGCGUUGAAGAAAUCCCUUGGCGAAGAAGUGUAUAACAUGAAAUUUGGUGGAGAAGUUGAAUUGAUUGCUGGUCUUGAUCAGUUCAAAGCUGCAGUUGCUUCGACUGGAGCUUCUGUUGUUCUUUUCAAAUCAACGUCCGAUCUUCAAUGCAAGCAGAUAUCUCCGUUUCUUGACACCUUAUGCACCCGAUAUCCUUCUAUAAACUUUCUCAAGGUUGAUAUCGAAGAAAGCCCAGCAAUUGCAAGUGUGGAGAAUGUGAGGAUUGUACCAACAAUCAAGAUUUACAAAAAGGGCAUCCGAAUGAAGGAGAUGGUAUGCCCAUGCCGAGAAGUCUUGGAGUCCUCUGUCCGCCAUUACAGUUUCUGAACGAAACCAACCGUUAUCAGCCGUAGCUGCUAUAUACCAAUAGAUGGAGGACAGAAUGGUAAUUUCCUUCUCAUCAUACCCCAGUUUUUACAGCUGCUGUUGCUGCAUCACAACUACAUAAAAGCACAAUAAUUUCAUCAUUAUUUCAAAGCCAAUCCAGUGGAAACCAGAGAGGGUUAGAUUAGUAAACUUUACCAUAACCUUUGCAGUUGUUAAAACUUAAAAGAUUCUAUUCAUUCACCCCCACCAGACCACCAUUGCUCUUAUGGAGCCAUUUUCAAUACUCCCCAUUCUUUUCUCAUCAAAAUGUUAGCUUUUUUUAGAAUUCCCAUUUUACCCCCUUUUCAUAAACCUAUCUUCCCCCCUUGCCUCUGAUGUCUUCUUCCAUUUGAGAUAGCAUGUACAAUGUAAUUACAAGUGGGCUCCCAUACUGCUGGCUGUCUUGUUCUAGAUAUGGAUCUGUCCAUUGUGUAUAUAUAUAUAUAUGUGAAGAUGAAGAUAUAUACAAAAAGAAAAAGGAAAAAACUUUGGAGGAAUAGAUUGGAUGGGUGUACUGAAACC